UUCAGUGUGCCUGGAACAUGAGAUUUUUUUGCCAGAGGUGUUCUGCAUUCUGAAAGCAUUCUGAAAUAAUCGUUCGACUGAAGAGGCCAGAAGUGAGAUGGUCUGAGGCAAAAUAAUGCCAAAAUAAACAAACUGUCAACAUUUGCACAGAAUCCUAAAGAUAGGACGGUAUAUAACCUGUUUAGGUUUAUCAGCAAAACAAGUUGAUUUGGUGGCGAGUGUCACUUUAAGCAGAGCAGUUCAGGUCUGUCAGUCUUACAUUUUGUAUUAAACCAAAGCAGGAGAACAGUGGGGGAUUUAAAGUAGCCUCUUCUGUUAUCCAGAUGUGUUGCUGGUGAGUGACAAAUACACCCUUUCAGCUCCUUCAGGGUUACAUCACUUGUUGUGUUCAGUGUCACUACGAGUUUUCAAUGUCUGGAUUUGAAAUGGCACAACAAAAAGCAGCAUAACAUAUAUAUUUUUUGUGGUUUAUUUAAAUAUAAGGGCAACUGAACUGGAACUGAAUUAAAUCAAAUAAUUGAGAUAAAAUAUUAUAGGAUGACAACUCAGUCUACAAUGAAAUGAAAGGUAUAGUACUUCAAGAAUCACUUGUUUUUUCUUUUUUUAUCUUUGCAUUUUACAUUUCCUUCCAUUGUUUUUUUCAGGUCCCUGAAUUGUUUGUCUUUGAUUAAUUUACCUCUUGUUACAGAAUGAAACCUUAGAUGUUCUUCCUAGUAAAUGUUGACUCUCAACUCUUUCCAUGUGUCAGUCAACCAGGUUCUUAUUGUGCUGCUGUUGCUGCUGGCAUGUUUGCUUCUCCAUAGUUCACUGAAACCCUCCACUCAACUAAAAAAAGCAUACAGGCAGAGCCAUGGUUUAACAGCUGACCUCCCAGCAGAAGAGGCUAAAACAGAUGAUGUUGUUCCUGUUAUCAUCUGUGCCUCCGAGGAGCGUACUGGGGCAACCAUGGCAACCAUCAACAGCAUCAUUAGUAACACAGAUUCCAGUGUUUUCUUCUACAUUGUUACUCUGCGUGAUGCAGUCAAAAUAGCAAGGAGGUAUAUAGAGAAGACCAAGCUGAAAGUCAUCCAGUAUAAGAUUUUAGAAUUUAACCCUAUGGUUCUAAGAGGAAAGGUGAAGCCAGAUUCUUCUCGUCCUGAUCUCCUUCAUCCACUUAAUUUUGUCAGAUUUUACCUACCUCUACUAGGGAUCAGCCACAGGAGAGUCAUAUAUGUGGACGACGAUGUCAUUGUGCAAGGUGACAUUAAGGACCUUUAUAAUAUAAAGCUGAAAGCAGGACAUGCUGCUGCUUUUGCCUCUGACUGUGACUUACCCUCCACACAUGAGAUGGUUCGAAGCAUUGGCAUGCAGCUUGUUCCUCAGACCACCUACAUGGGCUUCCUGGACUACAGAAAGCAAGAAGUGAAAGACUUGGCCAUCAACCCCAACCACUGCUCCUUUAACCCCGGAGUAUUUGUCGCAGAAAUCAAAGAGUGGAAGAAGCAGAAGAUCACCAAACAGCUGGAGAGAUGGAUGGAGAAGAAUUUUAGGCAGAACAUUUACAGCAGUGCUAUGGCAGGAGGCGUGGCCACUCCGCCCAUGCUUAUAGUGUUUCAUGACAAAUACACAGCGCUGGAUCCUCUUUGGCAUGUCAGACACCUGGGCUGGAGCCCCGAUGCACGCUAUGCAGAGAGCUUCCUGCAGGGGGCACACCUGCUGCACUGGAAUGGCCCAUUCAAACCAUGGAAUGACCCAGCUGUCCACUCGGAUCUGUGGGAAAGGUGGUUCAUACCUGACCCGUCUGGAAGAUUCACUUUGACUCGGCCUGGCAGUGACAGCUAAGGCCCAGCGCUGCAGGAACUGAUCCACACUUUUAAAAAAGGAAGCCUAGUCUGCUGCUCCACUAAAAGGCUGCCUUUGUGUUCUAACUAAGGGGGCUUCUUUUAACUCCUCCUCUCAUUUUGUCCUCAUCUUAUAAGUUUGUCUUAUGUUAAAAUGUGAACUUAAUAUGUGGAAUCAAGGUGAUAAUAAUCUCUGAAUUAUUGGUCCAUAAAUUAUAAAUAGGGAAUGCAGCUUUUCAGGUGAUAAGUUUGAUGUGUUAGGAGUUAACUAUUAAAUAAACUCACACAAACGAUUCAUGGCAGAUUUAAGUUUUAUGCAUUUAUAUCUGUUUGAUUUUCUUUAGGAACUCAUAUUGUAUACAUACAGUAUAUGCCUAUAAAGUAAUUAUUUUCUACAUUAUCUUCUGAUUUCUAUGUAUUGAAUAUAAUUAGUUAGUAUAUACUAACAGAAUUUAAAUAAUUAAAGUUGUAAAAGAAACAAGAUUCUGGUAUUUAAAUUUUAUGUGAUUUGUUUUUAUUGAAGUUAUGAGAAGUGAAAUAGGGAAUUGUGUAGAAUAUUCAUAUUUCUUGUGGUGUAUAUACAUAUAUUUUUAAUUCUCAGUAUUAUUUAGGCUUAUUAAUGAUCAUUUAGAGAUAUAAAAACAUAGAUUUGGCUCAGAUAAUUGAAAUUCAUUUAAAAAUACCCAAUAAAAAAAAAAAAGUCUUAUACUUUU